AUGUCAGCAACUCAGGGAAUCAACGUAGCCAUCAUCGGCGUCGGCCUCGUAGGCACUUCGGUCAUCCAGCAGCUUACCACCGUUUCUUCUCUCGCGUCGAAACUGCACAUUGUAGCGCUUCAAAACAGCAAAAAGACACUUCUCAGCACGCCCACCUCUCCCAUCUCUCUCACCGGCUCUGCUGACUGGAAGACUCUGCUUGCCAACAGCGCUACUUCGGCUCUUGCUCUUCCCGAUCUCGUUCUCGAGCUUCAAAAGAUCACUCGCGACUCGGGACGCCAUACCGCCGUAGUCGAUAACACAUCGGACGAAACGGUGGCCGCUUUCUACCCUCAUUUUCUUGCUGCUGGUCUGAGCGUUGUCACUCCUAACAAGAAAGCUUUUUCGGGACCUAUUGAGCUGUACCAAGAUAUCCUCAAGUACAAGACGAACGACCUGGUUGGCUCCAAUGGUGCACUGGUGUACCAGGAGUCGACGGUGGGUGCUGGUUUGCCCAUCAUCUCUACGCUCAGCGAUCUGGUCAACACCGGCGACGAGAUCACAAAGAUUGAGGGUGUCUUUUCGGGAACGCUUUCAUACAUCUUUAACGAAUUCUCAACUCCCAAGGGUGGAGAUAAGAAGUUUUCGGACAUUGUCAAGUUUGCCAAGGAGAAUGGUUACACGGAGCCCCACCCGAACGAUGACUUGUCGGGAUCGGACGUCGCUCGUAAACUCGCCAUCCUCUCCAGGCUGGUGCCUGAGCUGAAAGAUGCUCUUCCUCAGGGAUACCUGAGCGUGCCCACGCACUCAUUGACCCCGCCACCGCUAGCCGAUGUUGCUUCGGGCGAAGAAUAUGUCAAGCGCCUUCCGGAGUUCGACGUUGACUACGAUAAGCUGAACAAGGAAGCCUUCGAUGCAGGAUCGGUGCUGCGCUACGUCGGUGUGAUCGAUGUCCAGAAGAAGGAGAUCAAGGCAUCAUUGGAAACAUACCCAGCUACCCAUCCGUUCGCAUCGUCGCUCAGCGGUUCGGACAACAUCAUCGCCUUCCACACAAAGAGGUACUCGGCCCGUCCACUGUUGGUCCAAGGCUCCGGUGCUGGUGCUGAUGUUACGGCGAUGGGUGUUGUUGCCGACCUCAUCAAGAUUGCCGAGCGUCGUUCGUAG